CCACGAUAACCCAGGUGGGACUGGAUUAACGUGAUGAUGGGAGCCCAUAAGUAGUUUGCUCCUUGACACCGGGUUACUGUUGAUAGAGGUGGACGAUACUUAAGGUUGCCAAAGGACAAGAGAGGUAGAAUAAUGAAACAAUUGCUCACGAUAGCCUUGCUGAUAUGUGCCCAGCUGGUUAAAGGCCAAGAUGUAAAGGCACGCGGUUUGUUCGACUCUCUCGAGUUCCUAAAAUGUGGCACCAAACCUGGACCUGCGCUGGAUUUGGUCAAAGCGUUCCGUGCCACCGGCCGAGUUGUCAACGAACUGAAAUCUAUCGUACCCGGCCUUCAGAAUCACAUCCGUGGUGGCAUAGAGGACGUUGCUACCUCUUUACAUGACGUCAUCAAUGCAAUCGCAAAUGACGUCAAGUCGGAUUGUAAAGAAGAAGUUCGCAAAGGUCGCGGUCUGUUUGACACCUUGGAGUCGUUGACAUCUGGAACUCAACUAGGAACCGCUCUGAAGGUGAUCAACGCUGUAGGUAUGACCCAGCGUUUUCUCAGUGAACUUAAACAACUUGUCCCAGAUAUCCAGAAACAUCUCAACGGAAGUAUUGACGAUAUCACUACUGCUCUUCAUAACAUUGUCAACUCCAUCACAGAUGAAGUUCUAUCUGGGGGAAAUGUUGGAGAUCGCAAAGGUCGCGGUCUGUUUGACUCCUUGGAGUCCUUGACAUCUGGAACUCAACUAGGAACCGCUCUGAAGGUGAUCAACGCUGUAGGUAUGACCCAGCGUUUCCUCAGUGAACUUAAACAACUUGUCCCAGAUAUCCAGAAACAUCUCAACGGAAGUAUUGACGAUAUCACUACUGCUCUUCAUAACAUUGUCAACUCCAUCACAGAUGAAGUUCUAUCUGGGGGAAAUGUUGGAGAUCGCAAAGGUCGCGGUCUGUUUGACUCCUUGGAGUCGUUGACAUCUGGAACUCAACUAGGAACCGCUCUGAAGGUGAUCAACGCUGUAGGCAUGACCCAGCGUUUCCUCAGUGAACUUAAACAACUUGUCCCAGAUAUCCAGAAACAUCUCAACGGAAGUAUUGACGAUAUCACCACUGCUCUUCAUAACAUUGUCAACUCCAUCACAGAUGAAGUUCUGUCUGGGGGAAAUGUUGGAGAUCGCAAAGGUCGUGGUCUGUUUGACACCUUGGAGUCCUUGACAUCUGGAACUCAAUUAGGAACCGCUCUGAAGGUGAUCAACGCUGUAGGUAUGACCCAGCGUUUUCUCAGUGAACUUAAACAACUUGUCCCAGAUAUCCAGAAACAUCUCAACGGAAGUAUUGACGAUAUCACUACUGCUCUUCAUAACAUUGUCAACUCCAUCACAGAUGAAGUUCUAUCUGGGGGAAAUGUUGGAGAUCGUAAAGGGAGAGAUAUUUUCGAUAUGGAAACAGCUCUGAAUCUGAUCAAAGACGUGGAAAACACUAAACGAUUCGUCAAUGAAAUUAAUGACAUUGUCCCCGGACUUGGAGAACGUUUAAAGAAGACGUUGGAGGAGAUUUCCUCCGCCUUGCACGCCAAAGUCAGCUUAGUAACCGAAGAAAUAAUGGCUGCACUACAGUAAUUGGUUUGCUGAAAGAUUACCUGUGAACGUGGUUACAGGUAUGAUAUGAAUGUG